CUCCGUUGACGCCUCAGGAAAUUAUUCACGUAUUCCCUACACACGGAUCAUUUACAAACUGAAGACCUAGCACGUGCUUACAUAUCCCAGUACCUCUGUACGCUACUCCCGAUAACUUGACACAUGUGUGUCCCUAUUUAUUCUGCCUCACGGUUUCGUUCCGUUUUUUACCCCACACAUACGCGGUAAUUUAUAGGAACCAUACGUGCCAUGCGUCCGGGUCGGAAAAGGACACGGUUUGUCGGUCGGUUUGUGGGCUGACGUCUGCUCCGAAGUUUCCGAGUGUGAAUUCUGGAGUCUUUACCGGAGUUUAAAGUUGACAACUGGAAAGAAACUUCACCAAAAGACAUCUCGUCACUUUAAAUGUCCUCGAUAUAGAUGUCGGAGAAAAAUCUAUAGUAGACAUGCAGUCAUCCUCGAAAUUCCAGUGCCGUUUGCGCCCACUUACAGAUAUAAAAAGCCUUCCCUGGUCCAGACCGAGAUGUCCAAUAAGGAGAAGGACCUGGUGGCCCGCCUACUAAAGCAGUCUAUCCUGACGCUGUGUAAAGAGACGGUGUCUUUCAAUCAUAACCUCGAGGUGGACGGCAUCAUCAGCAUCACUCUCGAGAACGAGUCCCAGCAGAUCGUCAUCAAAGUUCACGAGUACUUCCAGAAGAUUCGAGACGAGUCGGCGCUGCCGAACGCUGACAAUUUUUCUGAAGAGGAUGGAUCGAUAGAGCGGUAUGAGAAACAACCCCGCGUAACAAACAUCAUACAACGUAAGGGGUAUUCCGAGACCUUCCGUCCCCAGCAGCUGUCAGCCGGCGAUGCUGCGCCUAGUAACAGACUGCGUAGUCCAAACUCUGGCAAGUUCACCAAAACCGUUCAGAAGGCGUGGCCUGAUGGUUAUUCUGUGGCCGACUCAAGUCUUCCGCCGUCAGGGGAUGAUGAUCUGUCGCCACAGGAAGAACCUUCCAGCAUGUCGUCCAGCAACGACUUCGGGAGUGCUCCCGUCGACUCGGACCUUGACGAUAUGGACGACGAUUACGACGAAGAUGAGAAAAAAUUUGAUCCGAGACAACAAUCGGCAACUAAAUCUCUAACUUCUGGGCACGGGGUUCCAAUGAGAAAACCAAUUGUCCAUCGUCUCAUGGCUCAGAAGCUGGUGGCCAACGCAAGACGAAAUCCUAAGAUUAAUACCACUUCGCGGUCGUUAACAGGCGAAAAUCCUAAAGUGGCUAAUCUCAACACCGCGGUCAAUACCACGGGAACAUCCGUGUCGUCUCUUCCCGCUAAAAACAUUCGCUGUAAACGAUGUGGAGAAGUUGCUUCCGACGGACCGGCGUUCGUCCAUCAUAACCUCAACGUACAUAAUGUGUUCACUUGCCAAAUAUGCUACAACACUUUUACGUGCCGUAACAACAUGAAACGUCACAUACGAUUGCACACAGGCUACAAGCCAUACCAAUGUUCUCUGUGCUCCGAAAGCUUCACUCGAAAGGACGAUAUCAAACGACAUCUUAUUCGUCACAACUACAGCAAACCGUUCCGCUGUAACCUGUGUGGGAAGGGAUACAUGGACAGGAAGACAAUUAAAACACACAUGCGUAAAGAACACCUGCGGAAACUUGUCCAUGUUUGCCCAACCUGCGGUGAGAGCUUUGACGACGAUCAGAAAUUCCAGAUCCACAAGAAGGAACAUCCAGAACUAAAGGUUUUCCAGUGUUCUGUGUGUCACUUCACAGGGUCCAACUCCCUUAUGUACAACAAGCAUCUCCUCACACACGACCCAUCCAGGACCUUCCCGUGCAAGGCGUGUGACCUUGAUUUCAACGACCCAUUUAAGUACACCAAUCAUGUGAAGCGGCAUCGCUACGAGACCAACUUCAGGUUAUACAAUUGCUGCUUCUGUCGUCAAAUCUGCUCCACCUACGACCAGUUCAUAAAACACGAGCAUACACACGCGCAAGCUAAGCGACACACGUGUACGAUUUGUUUGAAACAGUUCAGAUACCCUUCAAAUCUUCGCGAGCACAUGGUCACUCACAGCAACUAUUUCAUGCAUGGAGCGAAGGAAGAGAAUGCUGCUAUCAACUCCAACAAUCGGUCACCGGAAGUACAGAAUACUAUAUCGAAACAGGAAGUAACCGCCUUGUGUAUUGAUCAGGAGGAUGUUGAGUACACAUCGGAGUUUAUCAAAGGAGAGGAAACUCUGCCUGCUGAUAGUUCGAGUCAGUACUGGUGUACAGAGUGUCAGCAGGGCUUUGAGACCGAGGAUAUGCUGACGGAACAUAUAACGAGAACACACGAAAUGUCAAUGGACGAGACGUCACCCAACUCGGACGACGGUAAUCCAAAUAAACGCACAAAAGUCGAAGCAUGCACGUCCUUGGACAUUUGUACACCAAACGCCGAUCCCACUGAUUUGGUGACGUCAUCAGGCUACCCGACCAAUCCUGUGGUGGCAACAGGUCAAACAUCUUUACUGACGACAUUGACAAACCCGUCUUGUCGUAAAACGACGGUCAGAGUCAAACUCGGGGACAGCUCCUACCGCAGCGUGGUCGUCAAACAGGAGCCCGAUUCUGACUCGGACGGGGCGUCCGGUGAUCACCGUCACUCGCCGGAUCACUUCAGUAUCGCGUCGCCUCAUUCCUCAUCGACGUCACAACACGAACAGAUGGACAAUGGUCCUGUUUUCCCACAAAACGGAGACCUAGAGAAGAAGUUGGUCAUUCAACCGGCGCCUAUAAAACUUAGUGUGCGCUCUCCAGGAUUCGAACGAGUUGUAACGCCCGUUUCUCUCUUUAAGAACGAGGAAUCAUUCACAUGUGACGUUUGCAGCGACGUGUCGACCGAUUUUGAAUCCUACGACAAACAUAAUAACACGAUGCAUCGACGCUUUUUGUGUGAAUACUGCGGUAAAACUUUCACGUCCAAGCCGAACAGAGACCGGCACGUGCGCUAUCACACGGGGGAACGCCCUUUCAAGUGUGAACUGUGUUCGAAAUCCUUCUUCCGGGGGGACGACCUCAAGUACCACCGCACCACCAGGCACGCCGAGGUCAAACCUUUCUCGUGCACCAAAUGUGUCAUGACCUUCGCUUGGCACAACGACCUGGAGCGCCACCUAAAAACACACAGGACAUAAGAAGAUCGUGUGUGUUGUUGACGAGAACAAACUGUUUAACGGUGUUCAACAUUGUUUUAAAGUUUGUAACUUUAGUUAUGUUAUGCAUGCUUGAAUUCUUUGUGACGUCGUUGAUUUAUCAAUGAGUGGCUUGUUUCAAUGUUUACAUUUUUUGUGCGACCGAACAAUUCCAUGUUAUAUAUUUGUCCCUUUCUGUCAUUUAUAAACGUUGUUAGAGGUUUACCUGCAAUGUUCCUUAUCAUGUCCUGACGAUAGCACGCAGUUCUCAUUUGAUUUUAAAGUCUAAGACGCAUAAGGGACGCAUUUUAAUCAUUUGUAGUGUGUGGGGUUUUUUUAUCGAAUUCCGACUAGAUUGGUGCCAAAACGGGAAAAUAGUACAAUGAUAUUAUGAACUCACAGUCGUAUUUGGUGACACCGCUAUGUUGUCUUUAAGUCAAGACCUUGU